GAUAAAUAGAGGUCAGUACGUGGCAGUAUCAGAUUGGAUAAGGAGAAUUAUGGUGUACACGACACGUGGCUUCGUGUGAUUGGAAGAGAAAGCUUGUUACAGAAGAAAAGGGACUCUGCGUAGUCUUCUUCAUUCAUCAAGAAAAAUAUGAGAGUUUGUUAAGAGUCUUCUUCUUCCUUUUAGGGUUUUUUGUUAAGAAUCUUUCUGUAAUUCUACUUUUGGUUCAAACCUGGAAAAGAUCGUUCUAGAUCGGGGUCUUUUGCAAUUGAACUACCGAUAGGUGUUUUAGGAACGUCUAUUCGGAUUUAUCGGUUUGUAUCAGAGCCAGCGCAUCCUCGGAUAGAUGGCAGGCGUGGAGUUUCUGGUCUUCGAUGAUGCUUCCGGUGACUUGCGUCCAUGGAUUUCAGCGUUGGAAGAUCAGUUUGCGACUGAUGAUUACUCGAAUUUGAACAAAUUAGCUUUAGCGGUGUAUCUUAUCGGAGGUAAAGCUGAAGCGUUUGUUCAUCAUCGACAAGAGUCUAAGUAUUUCUAUACUUGGGACGAUUUUAAGAGUAGUUUGCUACUGAGAUUUGGUGAACGUGAUGAUCCAGAACGGAUCAGAUUGCUGGCAGAGAGGGACAAGUCGGUUCUGAAUGGCCGAAAUAGUGAGACUAUCAAGAACACCGAUGCGAUUCAAGAAGUGAAGGAGCACAUCGUGAAUCUUGAACCAAACGAGCUGCAUCAAGAAGAAUCUGCGCUAAAUGCAACUAAGACUAAUGUGGAUCAGGAGAUGGAAGUGGUUUGUUCGAUUCAAGAUAAGAUUUUGCUUGAAGAGAUUAAUUCAGUUCUGGAAACUGAUGGUGUUCAUCCAAGGGAAGCGAUUCCAAAGUCUCAGGUACUGGUUUCUUCAACAAAGUCUGAUUAUGGUGAAAUUUUGUUCAAAAGCUGCAGUAUGAAUAGGAUAACUGCGAACCAGAUUGAUUUGGUGAAGAACAUUGAGUGUUUUGAUGUGGCUUGGCUCUUUAGUUCAAGGAAUCUAAUGGAUUCAGUGAGGGUAAGGGAUGAGUUCUCUAAGAGUCUGUCAGAUACGGAGAGCAUAGGUAAUGCACACCAAAUGUAUGAUCGAAACUCUCUAAGAGCUACAAGUAGUGAGAAACACAUGAAGCAACUUAAGUGCUGGAAGUUCAAGUUCAAACGAAAGAAUUUAACAGGAACAAGGCCAAAAAUUGAACAACACAAGCUCGUGAUUUCAGUAACAAAUCUGGGACAGAACGAGAAGAGGUUCAGUGAUCUUGCUGACAGGUUGCAGAAGGCGAAUACUGUGAGUGAUAGAUGCUCCGGGGUGCAAAAUAUUCAUGGGGCUGUUCUAUGGUUCAACUAUAAACAAAAGUAUUCCAUGAGAAACCUGUCUCUCAUGAUGAAGUGCAGUAAGAAGAAAGAGAGGUUUGAUGUGAUUCAAAGGCUUAAAUAGAUGAGAGAAGAGCUCAUGUUUGUUUUACAGGAAGCAGGACGAAGAUAUGACAUU